AGAAAAUACAUGUUUAUAUAGGAACGGAGAUCUCGAUUCAUGUUAGUUGCUCCAUAACGUUAGCUCGCGUAACACGGAAUUCAUUGUAACUUAUUUAAGUGAUAAGUGGUCAUCAUGCCGCCAGUCGCUGUGCCUAAUGAGGCGCCGAAGAAAUCUCUUCGCGUUGCAAUUAUAGGGCAAAGUACAUUCGCUGCUGAAGUGUUUAAACUACUCCAAAGAGAUGGACAUCAAGUGGUCGGAGUAUUCACAGUACUUGAUAAAGGCAACAGGGAAGACCCUCUAGCAACGAUUGCGUCUCAAAAUGCAGUACCAGUAUUUAAAUACAAAACCUGGCGAGUAAAAGGGAAAGUUAUUCCUGAAAUUCUUGAAGAAUACAAAUCGGUAAAUGCUGAACUUAACGUACUGCCCUUCUGCACUCAGUUCAUCCCAAUGGAAGUCAUCCUGUAUCCUCAAUUCCAAAGUAUAUGUUAUCAUCCAAGUAUAUUGCCAAGGCAUAGAGGUGCCUCAUCUGUGAAUUGGACUCUAAUUGAAGGUGACAAAACAUGCGGACUCUCAAUAUUUUGGGCUGAUGAUGGCCUGGACACCGGACCAAUAUUACUUCAGAGAAGUUUUCCAUGCACCAUAGAUGAUACAGUAGACACAAUUUAUAACAAAUAUUUGUAUCCAGAAGGUAUCAAGGCUUUAUCCGAAUCUGUUAAUAUGGUAGCAAAUGGCACAGCUCCUAAAAUUAAACAAACUGAAGAAGGCGCAACUUACGAUCCAGCACUUUUCAAACCUGAAACUCAUCAAAUUGAUUGGUCUAAAGGUGGUGUCGCUUUACAUAAUUUUAUCCGAGGAUUGGAUUCAUCUCCAGGAGCAACAACAUUCAUAAAACCACACAAUAAAGAAGGCGUUGAAGAAUCCGGUGAAGCUAACAUAGAAAUUAAAUUCUUUGGAUCUUCUCUUUGGGAAGGAGAAUACGAAGCAAAAGGAGAUAAGAUUAAUAUUCCUGGAUUGAAGAGUCCAGCUGUUAUUCAUGAAGCGGGACUUUUAAUAACAGCUAAUGAUGGUGUCAAGCUAAAUAUACAAAGACUUAAAGUAAAUGGAAAAAUGAUAUGCGCUCAAAACUUUUUCAAGGCUAACAAAAGUAAGGUAUCACUCGAACUAACAGAGGAAGAAAAAGUAUUCGUAGAAAAUGCAAGAAAUAUUUGGAAAGCAAUCUUAAGAAUAGAUGUCGAUAACGAUACAGAUUUCUUUGAAUCGGGAGCUGGUUCCAUGGAUGUCGUUAGAUUAGUUGAAGAAAUAAAAGAUAUUGUAAAUAUUGAAUUAAAAAAUGAAGAUAUUUACAUGAAUACAACAUUUGAAGAUUUUUUCACGGUAGCGAUUAUGACAGCAAGAAGUGGUUCUGGUAAUCUAGAAAUAGAAUAUGAUGGCGUUGAACUAGAUGUUAACAAAAUGAAGAUAAAAUUCCCAACACAAUUAUUUAUCAAUGGUGAAUUUGUUAACACUGAUAGUGGAAAAACUUUGACACUAAUUAAUCCAAGUGAUGAAUCUGUGAUUUGCAAGGUGCAAAGUGCUUCAAAAGAUGACGUAGACAAAGCCGUUAAAGCAGCACACAAAGCAUUUGAAGAAGGAGAGUGGACUAAAAUAAGUGCUAGAGAAAGGGGUCGGAUUUUGUUCAAAUUAGCAGAUCUUAUGGAACAACAUAAAGAAGAGCUGGCUACAAUAGAGUCUAUAGACUCCGGUGCUGUGUACACACUGGCACUGAAAACUCACGUAGGCAUGUCUAUAGAAACAUGGCGAUAUUUCGCUGGUUGGUGUGAUAAAAUACAGGGUUCAACGAUUCCCAUCAACCAUGCCCGUCCUAAUCGUAAUUUAACAUUAACCAAAAAGGAACCAAUAGGAGUAUGCGCUUUGAUAACACCGUGGAAUUAUCCGUUGAUGAUGCUAUCGUGGAAGAUGGCUGCAUGUUUGGCAGCUGGAAAUACAGUUGUUAUGAAGCCUGCAGCGGUCUGUCCACUCACAGCUCUAAAGUUCGCUGAGCUAUGCGUCCGAGCUGGUGUUCCACCUGGCGUCGUGAACAUUCUUCCCGGUAGUGGUACGGUCUGCGGCCAAGCACUAGCUGAUCAUCCACUUGUAAGAAAACUCGGCUUUACUGGAAGUACUGAAAUUGGUCAGACUAUAAUGAAAUCCUGUGCCGUUUCAAACAUGAAAAAGGUUUCUCUUGAGUUGGGCGGGAAAUCGCCGCUUGUUGUCUUCGAAGACUGUGAUCUCGACAAGGCUGUUAGAAAUGGUAUGGCUUCAGUUUUCUUCAACAAAGGCGAGAACUGCAUAGCAGCCGGUCGACUAUUUAUCGAAGAAUCUAUUCAUGAUGAAUUUGUAAGACGGGUCGUUGAAGAGACAAAGAAGAUUUGUAUCGGCGACCCAUUGAACCGAGGAACCGCACACGGACCACAAAACCACAAGGCACAUAUGGAUAAACUUAUUGAGUUCUGCCAGCAAGGUGUUAAAGAAGGGGCAAAAUUAGUGUACGGUGGUAAACGCGUCGACAGGCCAGGCUUUUUCUUCCAGCCCACUAUUUUCACUGACGUCACAGAUGAUAUGUUCAUUGCUAAAGAAGAAUCCUUUGGACCAAUCAUGAUUAUUAGCAAAUUCAGUAGCAAAAAUAUGGAAGACGUAAUUCGUCGAGCGAAUAACACAGAAUACGGACUCGCUAGUGGCGUGUUUACGCGUGAUGUGUCAAGAGCAUUGCAGUUUGCUGAGAAGAUUGAUGCGGGUACAGUGUUCAUCAACACGUACAACAAGACUGAUGUGGCCGCACCCUUUGGCGGCUUCAAGCAAUCUGGUUUCGGGAAGGACUUAGGUCAAGACGCGCUGAACGAAUACCUCAAAACUAAGUGUGUUACUAUUGAGUACUGAUAUAUUUUUUCACUGUAAUUUUAUUAUGUAUAUACUUUAGUGUUGUGAUUUAAUUGAAAUUAAGCUAAAAUUGUUAGAUAUCUUUAUAAGUAAAAUCUUUAUAAAUUGUU